CUCGACGCCAUGCUCGACGCUCGUUGCUCUAGAUCUUAGGGCUCCAUGCUCUCCUCAAUGUUCAGCCUUUCUGUAGAGAGCGGGUACCGCAACCAGACGGUUUUUUUCAUUCUGUCCGCCCUGCUAUUAUAUGUAGGUCGACUAUGUUCAUUACUCAGAACCGAACAUGACUUAUCUUCGCGGCGCGAGUGGAUAGGAGUGGAUGUCUCGGGAACCUAUCGAGGAAAAAGCUAUUUCUGGCUUCAUAAUAACAACCGCGAAUUGGUUCCACUACGACAGCCGCGGUUUCUAUAUACGUACGCUGAAAGCAUUCGCAAUCGUUGGGCUCGUUCGUGCCCGAUGCCGAAGCGCGCGUCCACCCACAUCCGCUCCUUGCUCGCUCAUAUUUUCGCUCAUUAUUGUUAGUAAUAUGUCUAGCGGCCCACAUCUGGUGCUCUCUACAAAUAUUCUACUAUUUUUUUUUAUCUCGUGGAGUGCAAAUUUACAGUGUAGAACCUUGUAGAACCUGGCUCAUCGCGUGUGGAUGACGAAGUCAAGCCAGCCUCAGCCUGGCCAUGGCGUAAAUUUCACCCACUGUGUCCCCCCUUUCUCCACGUUCCUUCGGGGAAUACAUGGUGACGACGUUUUAAAUUCUAUUUCAACACACCGUCGAUCUACUCCCUCUGAGACGCCCUUUACGACGCGUGUAUCCCCGAUGGCCAGGUUAGACAGUUGCUAUCCACUGGCAGCGAGUCGCUCAUUACUUACUCAGCAUUAAUUUUUGAAGCGUCGUCAGGAGCUCUUGCGCUUGGGCGUUGGAGCUCGUGCAGACCGGCAUACCCACAUUGUCCGUGUCCGAUGGUAUGACUGACUGUGCUUUACGGAUUUCCCGGGAAUGGGGGCAUAUCCUGGGGGACAUAUAAAAGCAUCGUGGUGUUGACGACCUGUCGAUCCCUCAUUCCUCACAACCUCUCUAUCCCUCUUCAGUCUCCACACCUACUACCCCUCACAUUUCUAUACCGCUUCCCCCGUACUCUCCCUCCUCACAAAUCAUGUCUAAAGGACUCGUUCUCGUCACUGGAGUCAGUGGAUUUGUCGGUACCGGCGUCGCUCUUGCUUACCUCGAAGCUGGAUAUGCUGUCCGUGGUACAACCCGUUCGAAAUCCAAGGCUGAGGACUGGAUCGCCAUGUUCCCCCAACACAAAGCCAACUUCGAGUACGCUGUCGUUGAGGACAUCGUCACCCCACACUGUUUCGACGAGUCGGUCAAGGGCGUAGAUUUCAUUGCCCACACUGCCUCGCCAUUCCAUUACAAUGUCAAGGACAACGAGAAAGACCUCCUCCAACCCGCCAUCGCCGGCACGAAGAACCUCGUCGCAGCCACCAAACUCGAGCCCAAAAUCAAACGCGUCGUCCUCACCGCCUCCUUCGCCUCCAUCAUCAACUUCAACAACAUCCCCGGCAUCGGCAAGACCUACACCGACGAGGACUGGAACCCCGCCACGUACGAGGAGGCCAAGGUCCACGCACACCCCGGAUACGUGUACUGUGCUUCGAAAGUGUUGGCUGAGAAGGCGUUCUGGGAGUUCAUCGAGACGGAGAAGCCUACUUGGGCUGGAUCGGUCAUUUGCCCUCCUAUGGUCUUCGGCCCCCCUCAGCAAAAGAUCACCUCCCUUUCCGCGCUCAACACUUCCACCCAGGAUACCUGGAACGUCGUCAACGGCUCCUACAAGGACGGCAUUCCACCAACCGCUUUCCCCGCUUUCGUCGACAUCCGCGAUGUUUCGCUUGCCCAUGUCAGGGCGACUGAGAGGGAGGAGGCUAAGGGGCAGAGAUAUUUGUUGAUUGGUGACGCAUACAAAAACGAAGAAAUCGUCGACAUCGUCAGCCGUACCCACCCCGAGCUCGCCGACCGCCUUCCCAAAGUCGACGUCUCGAAGGUCACGCACGAGGAUCACUUCUCGUUCGACUGCUCCAAGGCGAAGAAGCAGCUCGGCAUUGAGUUCAUCACUCUGGAGAAGAGCAUCAAGGAUACGGCGGACAAGUUAGUUCAGAUCGAGAAAGAGUUGGCCUAGUUUGGUCUUUAGAAGCGUGGAAUAGAUAUAGAGCGCUGUUGUAAUUGGUUUGUAAAAUACUCUGUGGAUUGCUGAGGUUAUAAUUGCUUUUACAUGGAACAUACCGCUGUCUAUCACACCUCA